AUUUGUCCUCUCUUUUUAGUUUGUGACCAACUGCUUAAUCCAAACAGCCUCAAUAAUGGAAGACCAAGUGACAGUAAUCACCAACCCCCUUGUGAAUGUGCGCAUUACAAGCACUGUCUACGCUGUGGAGGUUCAGCGCAGGUUCAAUAGAGGACUGUGCAUCGCUGACCUUAAGGGAAAGUUGGAGAUGGCCGUGGGCACACCUGCCGGCUCCAUGGAUCUGGAGUUAUACAGUGUCUCAGACAAGUUUAUGCUGAAAAUGGACGACAAUGACGCUUUGCUGGGCUCCUAUCCUGUUGAUGAUGACUGCAGAAUACAUGUUAUUGAUAAAAGUGGACAACAGGUGGGCGAGUUUACCGAUGUUUCCGAAGUGGAGAAGUUUGAACUCUCAGACCGAGACUACGAAAAAAGAACAGACUCAGCAAGGUCGUUUAUGAAGAGAAACCGUGUGGGCCGCUUCAAUGAGGAAGAAACAGCCAAGAAGCAAGCCGAGAUGGCUGCUCGGGAGAAUGAACAGAAGGCUGCUGCUGAGGCCAUUUCUGUUGGCAACCGAUGCCAAGUGCUGGUCCCCGGGCAGCCCACAAAGGUUGCCACGGUCAUGUAUGUUGGUACAACAGAUUUCAAGCCAGGCUGCUGGGUGGGUGUGAAGUAUGAUGAGCCCCUGGGAAAACACAAUGGAACUGUUCAAGAGAAGCAAUAUUUUGACUGUGAGAUGAAAUAUGGUGCAUUUGUAAAGCCCUUGAAUGUGACGGUGGGAGACUUUCCAGAGGAGGAUUAUGGUAUAGAUGAGAUGUAGGACAAUGUAGUAUUUUUUUGUUUCUGUCCCACUUAAGGUAUGCAUUUAUCAAUCUGCAGAGGAAUGGGGAGCUGUUUUAAUUUUAACAAAUUAAAAAAAUGUUUUGUUUGUUAGUUGGUUUUUCUCAUCCUACUCUGGAAGAUUUGAUUCCAAUGCAUUUAUGCCUCAUUAACUCCACUGCAACACAACACAAGUGACAAAUGGGUAGUAGUGUCUCUGGGUAUUGGAUGAUAGUAAUACAUGGUAAUCGCAACAUAACGAAGGUUCAUAUGUGGCUUUUCACUUUACACAAAUUGUCUUGAUUUGGUUGUACUACCAUUUAUUCUCAAGAUUGAUGUCAUCACACAACUAUUUCCCCAUGGCUCAGUUUAUAUUUCUCUUCACAAAGAUGAUUGUAUAUAAAUGUUCACAGUCAACUGUAAUCUUCACAGUUUUUGAAGACUUAAUUGCUGAGAGUGGUCUGAGGAUUUGGUGACUGUACUGAUGGAGAAAUGUACUGGACAAUAUUUUGACACUAAAAUAAGAGCAGCAUUGUUGCUGGUAUCCCUGACAACUGUGAUGUUCAAUUGAGUUAAACUGGAAAAAAAUUUAAAAGCUGUUUAUUAAAAAGUCUCCUCAUUUUUCUGGAUAUGCUAGACAAGAAAAUGAAAGUUACAGGGGGAUGGAAUCAUUGCUCUAUUUUGAGUCAGGGCCACCACUCUCACCUUGUUGAUCAAAACUCUUCCUAUAUGCAGUUCAUGCCAGAAAUAACAGUGUCAAAAUAGGCAAUGGUAUAUAUUUUCUUUCUAAACGGCUUCGAAUUCCUUAAAUGUCCUGUUGUGUUUGUAUGUGGUUUGUAAAACAGUCCCAUUAUUUUGGCUUCAAAGUGGAUAUGGGAUUAAAAUAUAUUUUUUCCCUGACUGAAUUCCUCUUCUCAAAUAUUAAAUCGUCUGCACUUUAAUGUAUCCUGCUUAAAUUGAACCACUGAAAUAAAAAGCAAUGUUUCAACAUUUCAAAAUUUAAA